GUCUGUACAGGAAGCAAGAUGGAGAUCCAUACCCAGACCCCAGGCUGCUUCCCAAAGGGCCUCCUGUUCUCAGCCUUGAUCCUGGCUCUCCGGCUGCCCCAAGGCUCCCAGGCAGCCCUCCACAUCCAGAAGAUCCCAGAGCAGCCUCAAAAGAACCAGGACCUUCUCCUGUCCCUUCAUGGGGUCCCCAGCACCAUCCAGGACUUUAUCUGGUACCUGGGAGAGGAGACUAAUGGGGGCACAAGGCUAUUCUCUUACAUCCCUGGGCUACCGCGGCCCCAGAGGGAUGGCAGCGCCAUGGGACAGCGAGAUAUCCUUGGCUUCCCCAAUGGCUCCCUGCUGCUCCGAGAUGCCCAAACUUCAGACAGCGGCACCUACCAAGUGGCUGUCACCAUCAACCCUGCCUGGACAAUGAAGGCCAAGACUGAAGUCCGGGUGGCUGAUACACGUGAAUACUCAGUCACCACACACCUGCCUGUUAAUGCUGGGAUCAUGGCUGCUACCAUCAUUGGGAGCCUUGCUGCGGGGUCACUGUUUGUAGGUGGCAUUGCUUACCUCCUGGUCACGCGAAGGUGGAAGGGCCGGAGCCCCAGGGUUCCAGCUACAGAGCAGCCAGAACUGAACACUAGCCCUGAAUCUGGUGACAGCAACAUCUAUGAAGUGAUGCCAUCUCCCGUCUUCCUGGUGUCCCCCAUCAGUGACACAGAGCCAGUGAACCUAGCCAUGGUGAGUCCUAGCCGGCCUCCAUUCCCAUCCCAGCAACCACAGCCCCAGAGCCAGUACUACCAGGACCUACUAAACCCCGACCCAGCCCCGUACUGCCAGCUGGUGCCAACUUCCUGACAGGCUUGGGACCAGGCCUGCCCAGAAGACAGAACCUCUGCCUCCCCCCGACCCCACCCCUCAGGGCCUCACACCUG